GGUAAUAAUUUCAGAUUCCCGGAGGCAGUAUCGGGGACGGGGAAACUCACUUUCCAUCCAAAACAAGCUUCGCCUGAUCUGGAGAUGCUGUGCUGCAGCUCCUCGGGGCCCCUGGGCGAAGGGUCCAAAUACACCUAUGUCUGUGCUGAAAAGCGCAAUCAUCCCGAUGGCUACAGCCCUUAUCUCUUCUUUUGGAAAGAGUAGUUCCAAAUAUACCUGUGGCUCGGAAUUUUGGUAGGCUCUACCAACAGGUAUAUCCAUACUCAUUGGCCAAGGAGAGAAGACUGACAGAAAUUUGGAGAAUGAAGCAAGAGGGUGAACAAGAGGAAAGACACUGCUUAGUGCUGAUAAUAUAAUGCGGUCAGAUGAUAAAGACAAGAAUGAAGAGCUUCGAAACUUGUCACUUUCUGGCCAUGUUGGAUUUGACAGUCUCCCUGACCAGCUGGUCAACAAGUCUACUUCACAAGGAUUCUGUUUCAACAUCCUGUGUGUUGGUGAGACGGGCAUUGGUAAAUCUACGUUAAUGGACACUUUAUUCAACACCAAAUUUGAAAGUGACCCAGCUACUCACAAUGAACCAGGUGUCCGGUUAAAAGCCAGAAGUUAUGAGCUUCAGGAAAGUAAUGUACGGCUGAAGUUAACCAUCGUCGACACCGUGGGAUUUGGAGACCAGAUAAAUAAAGAUGACAGCUACAAGCCAAUAGUGGAAUAUAUUGAUGCCCAGUUUGAGGCUUACUUGCAAGAAGAAUUAAAGAUCAAACGUUCUCUCUUCAACUACCACGACACCAGGAUCCACGCAUGCCUCUACUUCAUUGCCCCAACCGGACAUUCCCUGAAGUCCCUGGAUCUGGUCACCAUGAAAAAACUGGAUAGCAAGGUGAACAUCAUUCCAAUAAUUGCAAAAGCUGACACCAUCGCUAAGAAUGAAUUGCACAAAUUCAAGAGUAAGAUCAUGAGUGAACUGGUCAGCAAUGGAGUCCAGAUAUAUCAGUUCCCCACAGAUGAAGAAACGGUAGCAGAGAUCAAUGCAACAAUGAGUGUUCAUCUCCCAUUUGCAGUGGUUGGCAGCACCGAAGAAGUAAAGAUCGGCAACAAGAUGGCAAAGGCCAGGCAGUACCCUUGGGGGGUGGUGCAGGUUGAGAAUGAAAACCAUUGUGAUUUUGUGAAACUUCGAGAGAUGCUGAUCCGUGUGAAUAUGGAAGAUUUGCGAGAACAGACGCACACCCGCCAUUAUGAAUUGUAUCGACGCUGUAAGCUUGAGGAGAUGGGGUUCAAGGACACAGACCCUGACAGCAAACCCUUCAGUCUUCAGGAGACAUAUGAAGCAAAAAGGAAUGAAUUUCUGGGAGAACUUCAGAAAAAGGAAGAAGAAAUGAGACAAAUGUUUGUGAUGAGAGUGAAGGAGAAAGAAGCAGAACUUAAAGAGGCAGAGAAAGAGCUCCAUGAGAAAUUUGACCUCCUAAAGCGGACACACCAAGAAGAGAAGAAGAAAGUGGAAGACAAGAAGAAGGAACUGGAGGAGGAGGUGAACAAUUUCCAGAAGAAGAAAGCAGCAGCACAGCUACUACAGUCCCAGGCCCAGCAGUCUGGGGCCCAGCAAACCAAGAAAGACAAGGAUAAGAAAAAUGCAAGCUUCACAUAAAGCCUGGCAAGCCAAGGAUGGUCCCGCAUUCACCUGCUUUUGCAGUAAUAUGUAUCUCUGCCAUUUGUGUCCUUUUGUUUUAUUUUAUUUUUUUACCCUCCCCCAAACACCAAUAACUAUUAACUCAUUUCGCUGGAUGUCGUUGGGUUGCGGAAAAUGAUAGAACAAGGGAGUAACAGCAAAAGCUAUGUGCAGCUGGACUCUGUUUCUGGAAAGUAAAUGAUUUGCCUUUUAUGCCUGUUCACUGUGGCGGUGGGGAAGCAUGCCUGUGACUUGUAUGUUGCUUUGAACCAAGGGAAGGAGGGGAAAUUGCUACAUGUGUGUCUGACAGGAAACUUCUCACCACCCCAGCAGCUGAACUAUAAACCUGAGUAGCCAUGA